AUGGCCUUCAAACAUGGGCUGAGUGAACGCCUCGAUGAGCUUCGGUUUCCGUCUCCUCGCUCUCCGCCGUCGGAGUCGGUCUUUCCAGGAUAUACUUCGCUCUCCCCCGGUCAUUCCAACUUUGGCUCGGGGUUUUCGCGACCAUCGGCAGACGUAAGAGGUAACUUACAGCGCCGAUUCACCACGGAUUCCAGCAAAUUGUCAUCAUCAUGGAACUAUCUCAGUUCUGGCCCUGCACAGAUGCCAGAUCACCUUGAUCUGCUCUCUUCAUUCGAGAAAAAACGCCAGCACAUUGAAUAUAUGAGGCAGCAGAAACGCCGUUUCGAAGAAGACAUGAAGCUUCUAGACAUGCAACAUGAGAAGGAGAAGAUCGAGAUGGAUCAGCUUGCCCGGGAUUUGGCCAAAGCUGGGCUUUCCGGGCCAGUCAGUGAACCAAGGACCCCUCCAGAGCACUCGGAGUCUCUCGCUUCUUCCAUUGCUCGCCCCGGACGGUUCGCCUCGUCGAGCGUGACCUCUUCCCCAGGUUUCUUCUCAGCGUUCGCUCCCUCUUCACAAGUCACGUCCCCUCAGGCUCUUUCCCAGCCAAAUCACCAGACCGUUGACCGCUUUGCUGGCCACUCGCUGCCCGGUUCCCGUCGAAAUUCAGAGAAGGAAGAGAUUGCUAUCGAUAGCGGUCCCUUUCGUCCAGGACCAUCAUUACAUCGAUACUCACUUCCAAGCAAUAACUUCAGCACCACCUCUCGACAGUCUUCCACCAUGCCGGGGUAUAAACCCAGCUCUGGUGUGGAUUCUUUCGCUGCUACGAAGCAUCUGUUCCCGAGCGAAGAUCACCACUUGCAGGUUCUGAGAGACGACGAACGCCUGUCCACCCCUGAUAUCAAAGGAUACAUCAAGAUGACGGAGCCGAGUGAUGAUCCGUACCCCGCGCUGACUCGAGAGACAGGUUCCAACUUGCUGGCUACAUCCGCUGAGCCCCGGGAAUUCGUCAUGACUCGUGCUAACCCCAGUGGUGAGAGUUUUGCUCAUCAUAGCCGCCACCGCCUGAGUCACCAGAGCAUGCCCAGCAUGCCGCAAGACUUCAUUGGCAACAUGCGCUUUGAUAUGACGACUACUUCUCCUCCUGGGGACCGUAGCAGCGUAGCUCAUGCCCGUCACAUUUCACUGGAAGGGGGCGGCGCGAACGUUCCCUACCCGAUUGGGCAAUCCUCGCCUGCAGCCCUCGCUGCGCUCUCGUCACCUCGCCCCGCCGCGCCGCAGGGUUCGUACUCCACCAAUGACCUGCCAACGGUCAAGGGAGGCUUCGAUGCGCCAGUGAUUCCACGUAAAAGAACCCUUGAGUCCUUCUACAGCCCUGGUCACCAAGGCCACUCUGCUACCGUUGGGUCGCAAGCCGCGAAGAAUCUGAAGUCCGAGACCAGCAAUGACCAUAUGUCAGCUCCAACCACUUUGCAAGCGAGCGCCGUGCCUUUCGGUCCCCAGUUGACAGCUGUCGUUCCCGGCCACGGUAUGGCACAGGCCAUGGUCCCUGCCGGGCUUGGUUUCACCCCGAUGUUCGGCUAUGGACAGUACACUGCCCAGCCCAUGCAGUCUACCAACCAGCUCGCCGCGUUUGGUCAGACUGCUGCCUACGGGGCCUACCCCGGUCAGAUCUAUGCGCCAACUACGUAUCGAUACAAUGAUACUGUGACUCGCGCUGUCCCUGCUUCGCGUCGCCAGCUUGACAGUGAUGCUGGGCAGGCAACUCGAUACGGAAAUUAUCCCCUCGAGCAUUACGAGGGUGAGUUGUACAACCUGUGCAAGGACCAGCACGGUUGUCGUUACUUGCAACGCAAACUGGAGGAACGCAAUCCUGAGCAUGUGCAGCUCAUCUUCAACGAGACCUACAUGCACGUGACCGAGCUUAUGACUGAUCCCUUCGGUAACUACCUGUGCCAGAAAUUGCUCGAGUAUUCGAACGACGACCAGCGUACAGCCUUGAUCAACAAUGCUGCCCCACAGCUUGUUAGAAUCGCACUCAAUCAGCAUGGUACCCGAGCCCUUCAGAAGAUGAUUGAGUUUAUUUCUACCCCCCAGCAGACACAGACUGUGAUUGCUGCCCUGAAAGACCAUGUCGUCGAUUUGGUCAAGGACCUGAACGGUAAUCACGUCAUUCAAAAAUGUCUCAACCGUCUGAAUGCGGAGGAAGCUGAAUUCAUCUACGAGGCUGUUGGGACGCACUGUGUUGUUGUUGGUACUCAUCGCCACGGCUGCUGCGUUCUUCAACGGUGCAUCGAUCAUGCGUCUGGGGAGCAGAAGGCUCGAUUGAUUGCGCAGGUCACCGCGCACUCAUUCACUCUCGUGCAGGACCCGUUCGGUAAUUACGUAGUUCAGUACAUCUUGGAUCUUGCCGAGCCGUGCUUCACCACUCCUCUGUGCCGCGUGUUCGCGAACAACAUCCCCGAGCUGUCCAAACAGAAGUUCAGCUCAAAUGUGAUCGAGAAGUGUCUUCGAACUGCGGAUAGCGACACUCGCCGAGCCAUGAUUGAGGAGAUUCUUUCGGGCAAUGAGCUGGAAGCGAUGCUGCGCGACUCCUUCGCCAACUACGUCGUUCAGACCGCGAUGGACUUUUCUGACGCCGAGACACGCCAAUGCAUCGUCGACGCCAUUCGCCCGAUUUUGCCGUCGAUCCGCCAGACCCCCCAUGGGCGCCGAAUCGCCGGCAAGAUCCUGGCAGCGGAGGGCUCUGGCCGAUCAAGCACUCAGGGAAGCGGACAGGUGACACCGAACGAAGUGACUCCGUCCGCCCAGGCCGCGAACAUGGCCUCCAGGCACUUCUCCGGCUAUGCGGCCGCCAAUCCCACUGGCGCCCCGCAAAUGGCUGCCGGCACGGCCGCAGCGGGUGGACAUGGCUACGCCCCUGCUGCGCCUGAAGCUACACAUGGAGGUACCGUUGAGCGCACCGCAGGCUUGGGCGCGCCUCUUCCAAACGUCAGUGGACGCAGCAGUUCCAAUCAAAUGUACGCCGCUUACUACUAA